GCGAUUGUGCAUAAACAAAAAAUAUCGAGCCUACCCAAUGACUCAAAAUCGAGGAUAUUGAAACCCCCAACCUUGUUAAAACUCCCUGUCGAUAUGAGAAAGUGAAUGAAGGUCUUUCAAGCUCAAUUACUUAGAUCUGCGAGAUCAUCACGACUUUCACGACUUUCGCAACUUCCACGGCUUCCACAACUUUUACAAAUUCCCAACACACGUUCGGCUUGGGCCCCCGCGACCCCCGCUCUCACAAAAGCAGAACGAAAACAAUACUACGAAGAAUUAAACAUGGCUAAAGGACCAAAAUUUGAGUUGAAGACUCCAAAGGGCACGAAAGACUGUAGGGAACCCCAUACCUCCGUCAAAUUGCUCUACACAAUUCCAAUUUCUAUCUAUGAUUAUCGACAAACAUGUGACAUGAUACUUAUAUCUCAAUAGGGCAAGGAAAGGAUAUGGUCAUCCGGGACAAAAUCUUUUCUACUAUUACUGAAGCCUUCAAGCGCCAUGGAGCAGUCACUAUUGAUACGCCGGUUUUCGAGUUAAAGGAUAUUCUUGCAGGAAAAUAUGGCGAAGACAGCAAACUCAUUUACGACCUGGCAGACCAAGGUGGGGAGAUUUGCUCACUCAGAUAUGAUUUGACAGUACCAUUCGCAAGAUGGUUGGCCAUGAACGGGAGUGUACAAAGUAUCAAGAGAUAUCACAUUGCGAAAGUCUAUAGACGGGAUCAGCCAGCAAUGACCAAAGGUCGCAUGAGAGAAUUCUAUCAAUGCGAUUUCGAUAUUGCAGGUGUCUACGAUCCUAUGUUACCCGAUGCAGAAGUAAUCAGGGUUGCGACGGAAGUAUUUGAAGGUCUUGGCUGGAAGGGACGUUAUACUAUCAAACUCAACCACAGAAAAAUAUUAGACGGAAUCUUCGAAGUUUGUGGAGUUCCAGAGGAUAAAAUUCGCACAAUCUCUUCUGCGGUAGAUAAAUUGGAUAAACUUCCAUGGGAAGAUGUGCGCAAGGAAAUGACAGAAGAAAAAGGUUUGGCAGAAGAUGUUGCGGACAAGAUUGGACAGUACGUCGUACAAAAAGGCCAGAAAGACCUCCUCAGCAAAUUGCAGGGCGAUGAGAAAUUGAUGGCCAAUGCUUCGAUGAAGGCCGGUUUGGAAGAUAUGGAUCUUUUGUUCGGUUAUCUAGAUGCAUUCAAGUGCUUAGGGAACGUUUCUUUCGAUUUGAGUUUAGCACGAGGUCUCGAUUACUACACAGGAAUCAUCUACGAAGUCGUUACUGAAGGGUCUGCACCUCUUGUGAGCACAUCAGCCGCUCCUGCUGGCCCACCAAAAUCGUCCAAGAAGCCCAAGAAAGUAGCUGAUGCAGAUGAGGAUCGCUCAUCAGAUCCUAGUGUGGGUGUCGGAAGUGUCGCAGCUGGUGGACGCUACGAUAAUCUUGUCGGCAUGUUUGCUGGCAAGGGAAAGCAAAUUCCCUGCGUUGGUAUUUCGUUCGGUGUUGAUCGAAUUUUCUCAAUCACAAAGGCUAGAAUGGAGGAAGAGCAGACGACAGAGCAAGUGCGAAACAAUGAUGUAGAUUGCUUCGUCAUGGCAUUUGGAGGAAAGGGUUUCACAGGGCUCCUGAAAGAACGAAUGUCAAUUUGCUCAACUCUUUGGGAGGCUGGUAUCAAGGUUAGUAAAGGGUUUUCCCUGAGGAUAUCAUUUACUAACAAUUAUCUUAGGCGGAGUUCCUAUACAAAGUCAAACCAAAAUUACCAAACCAAUUUAAGGCUGCGGAGGUGAAUGGUGUACCUUUCAGUGUCAUCUUAGGCGAGGACGAAAUCGCUCAAGGCAAAGUUAAGAUUAAGGAGAAUGGUCUGAGGGAUGGACACCCGGAGAAAGAUGGUGUAAUGGUUAAUCUUGACGCUUUAGUCUCCGAAGUCAAGCAACGACUAAAGAGAAAGGCUGAUAUCGAUAACAUGACUCGAAAAGCCGAUGGUCUGAGAGUUGUAGGAGGCAUUAAAGAUGAUAAAUCUAAGGAAGAUGCCAUUCUUGCAAAAGACCAUACUGCUGAGGCUCCUGCAACUAAGCCUACAGAGUCUGAAAAACUGACAGAAAGUGCCGAGCCUCUCGCGGAAAAGCCUGCAGAAGAAACUCCCUUAUCCCAAGAAGCUAUAGGAGCUGUUCCCACUUCUUAAAGAAUUAAAUGAUUUUAAGCAAUUCACAUGUACACAUUUGCAACGCAGUAUCAUAGAGUGUAUGAGACCCAAUGCAUUGAUGAUCUAUUCAUGAGAUCAUGCUACCAUCUAACGUGGCGCCAUUAUUUGUUUCCCCAGUUUUUGUUUCCCACUAUCCCUAGGUAAGAUGUUUCCAGAUCUGAUUCAAUACGCACUAGCUCAUGAUGGCUUGGGGUAUGAGAUGACUAUUC